UGGCCCGCUCUAUUAAACGGGUUUUUUUUUUUUUUUUUCUGCCGAGAGCCACCCGCAGCGUCGGAGCUCCUGGCGAACGGCGGUUGCAGUUGUCCGGCUAGGGUUUUUCAGUUCCUUUUCCCUCCUCUCUGUCCACAUGCAGUCAUCAGCCCAUAGAGACAUGGCCAGUGCCAACACAGGACCCUCGCACCCAUACUGGCCUCAGCACAUGAAGCUGGACCACUAUGUGCCUAACGACCUUUCCUCCUGGUAUAUCGUGACUGUCCUGUUCACUGUCUUUGGGGCACUAGUCGCGACCAUGUGGCUGUUGUCCAGUCGUGCUUCAGUUGUCCCACUGGGGACAUGGCGGCGACUGUCCCUGUGCUGGUUUGCAGUGUGUGCAUUCGUCCACUUGGUGAUUGAGGGCUGGUUUGCUCUCUACCACGAGGCCAUUCUUGGAGACCAAGCCUUCUUAUCGCAGCUCUGGAAAGAGUAUGCUAAGGGAGACAGCCGAUACAUCAUCGAUGACAACUUCACCAUCUGUAUGGAGAGCGUCACGGCUUGCAUGUGGGGACCACUGAGCCUGUGGGUGGUGAUCGCCUUUCUCCGCCAGCAACCCUCCCGCUACAUCCUACAGUUCGUGAUCUCUUUGGGCCAGUUCUAUGGGGAUGUACUCUACUUCCUGACAGAGUACCGCGAUGGAUUCCAACAUGGGGAGCUGGGCCACCCUGUCUAUUUCUGGUUUUAUUUCUUCUUCAUGAAUGCCCUAUGGCUGGUGAUACCUGGAGUCCUCAUUUUUGAUUCCAUGAAGCAGUUCUAUGGGGCCCAGAGCGCACUGGACACCAAGGUGAUGAAAGCUAAGGGCAAACAGAACUAAUGAAUGGACGGAAGAGCGGCGAGAGGUGCUCCCGCUCACCAGGAGAGUCCAGGCCUCCACCAGCUGGAGGGACAAUCAGGCUGAUGGUGGGCGUGGAAAGGGCCAGAGACGGGAAGAAAGGGCUAUGUGGAGCUACUGCUCGGAGCCAUUGAGAAGAUAUCAGAGAAGCCAGGAGGUCUGUGGUGGUGGUAGUUUUUUAAAUCAGGAAAUAAAAGGUCUUAACUCUUAA